UGAUAAUUCGAUAACUUGAACUCUAGUCCUUGAAGAUGUCUGUCAAACGCAAAGCAGGCGAUGCAGCAGUCAAGCGACCAUCAAAAUUUGUUAAACAGACAUCAGACUCAGAGUACGUAAUAUCAGAUGCUUCAUCGGGAUUCCAUACCGAGAAUGAAGAAGACGAAGACGAUGGUCCCGAUGACGAGACACCCGCUACUCCUUUCUCACGAACCUCUUCGAAAUACCCUUCCGAGCUGAAGACACACCUAUGCCCAUUCGAAGGCUGUACAAAAGCAUUCAACAGACCAGCAAGGCUACAAGAACAUCUUCGAUCCCAUAAUAAUGAACGUAUUUUCCAAUGCACCUACGACAAUUGCGAGAAGACGUUUCUACGGGUCUCUCAUCUGAAUCAUCACAUCAAAAGUGCCCAUACUGCUGUUCGCGACUAUGUCUGUGACCGUCGAGGUUGCGGUAAAGCCUUUGUGACAGGUACCAGACUCCGAAGACAUCUCGCUGCUCACGACGGAAGAGACAAGUUUCGUUGUACUGAAUACCCGCCGUGUAACGAGACAUUCCGCAAGCACGCGACCUUAGCGCAACAUAUUAUGUCCAUACAUCUUAAACAGAAACCGUUUCCUUGCCAAUAUGUUAAUCCAGCCACAGGUCAGAGAUGUUCCCAGGCCUUUGAUACAGCGGCGCAUCUACGUGGUCAUGAAAAUCGGGUUCAUUCGGAGAGUCGGUUUACCUGCACGGAAUGUGCGAGUGAUAAUUUGAGUUUUGCUUCCUAUGCGGAGUUGCAGGCACAUAUCAAAUCUGUGCAUCCCCCGGAAUGUCCGCAUUGUUCUCUUAGAUGCCAGAGCUCUCGAGAACUCCGCCGUCACUUAGAGAUUUCCCACGGUGAUGUUAGUCUGGAGGAACGACGUCAAUUCCCGUGUACGGUUCCCGGGUGUGGACGAAGCUUUACAAAGAAAGGGAAUCUUGCCGUUCAUGUUCGCACGGUACACGAGGGUGAGAAACGCUUCGUGUGUGGUGAGACGGACUUGUCGACUUCGAAAAAGGUGGAGGGAUGGACUGGAACAGACGCAUGUGGAAAGCGUUACAGCAGCAAAAUCGCCUUGGAGGAGCACGUCCGCACGACGCAUUUGGGACUGCAAAAUAGCAAAGCCGAACGUCGAGAGCGUCUUGGUCUGAAUAAAGAACCAAGUAAACGCAAGACGAAUCAUGACGUCUCGACCAUGACACUGCUCACUGGCGAGGGAUACGCCGACCAAAGCGGUCGACACAUUGCUUGUCUUGUCUCUGAUUGCCAGUACCGAUUCUAUCGAGAAUUUGAUCUCUUUGUGCACAUGCGCAGCAAGCACGGCUACGAGGAACGGGAUAUUGACAACCUAAUCAUGGAGCGAGCACGGCUAGCUCAAGAGAAUACAGAUACUAUAUUUGGGAUUUACGGGCUGGAGUUUGAUACGCCGAUCGAUAACAGUCAUGACCCCGACCCUUUCCCGUCUGCGGAUGCAGCACCGCCUUUCUUUCACGAUUCGCAUAUUAUGAAUAACGAAUUUGAUGAAAAAAUGAACGAUAUCGCCUUCUUCAAUUCUCUAAAUGAGAAUAUCGCACCUCAUCACGAGAAUAACACAUUGUUCGGCUUUGGCGCUGAUGAUGUUGUGCAGAGUAACGAUGGGUUUGCAUUUGUUGAUCCGGGGCUAUCUCAAUGAUACAUUUGAUGACAUGCCACUUGAGCGAUGGUUUUGUUUGAUACUAGUUCUUUCUGUUUCAUGACAGGCAUAGCAUAGCGCUUUGGAUGUACGACAGAGUCCGCAGUUGAACGUUUAACCCUAAAAUACAGCCCCUGACGAAAGAAAUACAUCGUGCCGUUGACGCAUCGGGCAGCUGG